AUGAGGACCGCUUUAAUUUUGCUCAGCAUUUUGGGAAUGGCUUGUGCUUUCUCAAUGAAGAAUUUCCACCGAAGAGUCAAAGCUGAAGAUUCUGAAGAGAAUGGGGUCUUUAAGUACCGGCCACGCUAUUUUCUUUACAAACAUGCCUACUUCUAUCCUCCUCUAAAGCGCCUUCCAGCCCAGGGAGGCAGUGACUCUUCUGAAGAAAAUGGAGAUGGAGAUAGUUCAGACGAGGAAGGGGAAGAGGAGAAUUCAAAUGAAGAGGAGAACAACGAGGGUUCUGAGGGGAAUGAAGAGGAGGAGGCAGAAGCUGAGAACUCCACCCUCUCUACUGUAACUCCACUCUAUGGAACGGAGGCCACACCUGAAGCAGAGACUAUAGGACUAGCUGCGCUCCAACUGCCCAAGAAGGCUGGAGACACAGAAAGCAAGGCUGCAAAAAAGAAGGAAAGCGAUGAAGAAGAAGAAGAGGAAGAGGAGGAAAAUGAAAACGAAGAGGCAGAAGUCGAUGAAAACGAGCAGGCCGUCAACGGCACCAGCACGAACUCCACAGAGGUGUACGGUGGCAACGGCAGUAGCGGAGGGGACAAUGGAGAAGAAGGUGAGGGACAAAGCGUCACGGAAGCGGGUGUAGAGGGAGCCACAACGGGCAGGGAGCUGAUCAGUGAUGGCCCCACGACUGCUGUCCUUCCGAAGGCACUUCAGCGUACGACCCCACCACCCCCACCACCCGAAGCCUACGGGACCUCCUCCCCACCACUCAGUAAAACAACCGCUGAGUAUUGGGGAGAAUAUGAACAAACGGGCAUCAAUGAGAAUGACAGUGAGUAUCAAGUCUACGACAAUGAGAACGGGGAGCCUCGCGGGGACAAUUACCGAGCUUAUGAGGACGAAUAUAGCUACUACAAGGGGCGUGGCUAUGAAGGCUAUGAUGGUCAGGAUUAUUACUACCAUCAGUGA